AUGGUGCUGCUGGUGCAAGUCUCUCCACUCAUCAAGCUCAACCAUGACCCUGUCCUAUUCCUCAGUGUGGCCUAUGGAGUCAAGCGCUACAGUUACCUGAGACCUCAGGCAAAAGAUGAAAGGAGGAGAGCAGCUGAGGAGAAAAAGAAGCAGGAUGAGCAGAAAUGGAUUGAGAGAGAAUUGUCAGAAGCCCAGGAUGACAGCUUACUAAAGUGA